AAUAUCGGCAUCUCUCUCUCUCUCUCCGAAGCCGUCGGCGGCAGCGUGGCUGACCUUUUUAUAACCUUUUGAUUUCGAGUGACCACGAUGGCGAUUCCUCUUACGAAUUUACAACAAUGCCCCUCCUCCUUCGUCCCUUCACUCCCUCCCUUCUCCCCGUCGCCGUCGACGGGGGUCUCCGUCGGAGGACCUCGCCGCCGAUGCCUGACUUUGGUUACGUGUUGCGUCUCUUACGCUCAGAGCUCCGUCGAAAAUGGUACUGCCGGUGCCGCUGUUGUGGAGCGCAACCAGAUUCGUCUUGGUCUUCCUAGCAAGGGUCGCAUGGCCUCUGAUACACUGGAUCUUCUCAAGGAUUGUCAAUUGUUUGUCAAACAAGUUAAUCCUCGACAAUAUGUGGCUCAAAUUCCACAGUUACCCAACACUGAAGUUUGGUUUCAACGGCCAAAAGACAUCGUGAGAAAGUUACUCUCAGGAGAUCUGGAUCUUGGUAUUGUUGGUCUUGACACCUUUAGCGAAUAUGGUCAGGGUGAUGAAGAUCUUAUCAUUGUUCAUGAUGCUCUCAACUUUGGAGACUGUCGACUAUCCCUUGCGAUACCCAAAUAUGGGAUAUUUGAGAAUAUAAAUUCUCUGAAGGAGUUAGCACAAAUGCCCCAGUGGACCGAGGAGAGACCUUUACGAGUUGCCACGGGCUUCACCUAUUUAGGCCCAAAAUUCAUGAGAGAUAAUGGGAUAAAACAUUUCGUCUUUUCAACUGCAGAUGGAGCCUUGGAGGCAGCUCCUGCGAUGGGGAUCGCUGAUGCCAUUUUAGACCUUGUGAGUAGCGGAACAACUUUGAAGGAGAACAACUUGAAAGAAAUCGAAGGAGGAGUUGUGCUGGAAAGCCAGGCUGUACUAGUUGCUAGCAGAAGAGCAUUGACUGAGAGAAAAGGGGCGCUGGAAACUGUGCAUGAGAUUCUAGAGAGAUUGGAGGCCCACCUGAAGGCGGAUGGUCAAUUCACUGUUGUUGCAAACAUGAGAGGAACGAAUGCUGAGGAAGUAGCUGAGCGCGUGUUGAGCCAGCCGUCAUUAUCUGGACUGCAGGGACCAACAAUAAGCCCGGUGUACUGUAAACGAGAUGGAAAAGUAUCGGUGGAGUACUAUGCGAUUGUCAUUUGCGUACCCAAGAAGGCCCUGUACGAGUCUGUGCAGCAACUGAGAGCGGUGGGAGGAAGCGGGGUGUUGGUUUCACCACUCACUUACAUAUUCGACGAGGAUACCCCCAGAUGGAGUCAGCUUCUGGGAAAUCUCGGCCUUUGAAGGUAAAGGCCGAAUGAAUUGGUGGCAAAUGUCUGCACCAAGCGCCUUUGAAUCAACUCCGUGUUUUUUUUUUUAAAUUGACUGGCACCCUCUUCUGUUGUAACUUGUACGGUUUGUCUUUUUGCAUGUGUCUCUCUCUCCUCUUUGACAUCAUAUUUUUCCCUCCGAUUUUCUCGUCAUCCAAACAGCAUCAAAAGGGCUUUCUCUC